AUGAUUCGCACUCAGUUAAAAGCAGUGAGCCUCCGAGUCUUGUCUUUUCAUGAUUUUUGUAACCUAAAUUCCGUCACGUAAGUACGAUUGGUAUAUUAUCAGAACUGUUGUAGAAAUUGGCCAAAUACAUAACAGAGGGAGUUCUGCAUCUUCCUUAGCAAUAGCCCCACAAAAUAUGUAAGUAUAAGGAUGUAUAUGGUAAACAUAUGCACUCGCUGUCAUUUUAUCAGGAAUCACACUCGUUCACUGCGCUCACUCGUUCAAUUUAGGAUACGUUAAUAGCUUGCAAUUGUGCAACACCGUACGAGCACACUUUUCAUGAAGUAUUCUAUAUAAAACUCAAUUAUUGGUGUCCUUGCUAUCAGUCGCUUCGCUCGUAGGGAAUCGGGCUUUGAUAUCAAUAAGAAAGACUUAACUAUCCAUUUUUGUUUUCUUUUGUAGAACCAUGAAUGAUGGUAAAAUUGGUACCAUGAAAGUCUUGGAUUCAUUUCAACGAGAGCGCUGCACUAUUUAUCUGUUCGUAACUUUCUUUAAUACCGUAACAAAUAUUCUAAUAUGCGGUUGCAUUGUCUUUGACCUUCAUUUACUGAGUUACUUUAGCUCCAUGCAUCAACCCGAUGUAAACUAUGCUGAAGAGAUGAAGUUAAAUUUUGCCGAACCCAUUUUCUCAACUCGCAUCGUGAGGUAUAGGUGA